AUGAAUCACACUUCAUAUCUUGACACCUCCAUACUGGAGUCUGCAGAAGGCAUUCUGCGCAGCAAUUCGUCCCUCUUUUUAUACCUCAUCGUCCCUGUUAGCACAAUUUCACUGUGGACCAUUGGCUCGUACUUUUCGUCACCGUUGAAGAAGUACCCCGGACCGUUCCUUGCGAAGUUCACAAGGUUGUGGUAUCUGUACCAAGCAUGGACGGGUGACUCUCACCUUGUGCUGGAUAAGCUACACCGGCAAUAUGGACCUAUUGUCCGAAUCACACCGAGCAUCAUUGAUGUUGAUCUCCCUGAGCUCAUCAAGACCAUGUUUAGCAUCAAGGGUGACUGGCUGAAGACUCCCUUCUACCAUGGCAGCAGUGCUCUGGUGAAUGGACAAAUCGUCCUCAACCUCUUCAGUCAAACCGACCCUGUCAAGCACAAGAAGGAGAGACAACCUAUCGCUAAGCACUACUCAAGUGCCGGCAUCACCACUGUGGAGCCACACAUGGACAAGGUCAUUGACCAGUUCUGUAACGAGCUUGAGAAGCGGUACAUUGACGGCGAAAAUUCCGGCAAAGUCUGUGACAUCGGACAGUGGACGCUAUUCUAUACUUGGGAUGUAGUUGGAGCCGUGACAUUCUCCCAGCCCAUCGGCUACCUCGAGAAGGGCUAUGACUUUGACGGAACCUUGUCCAACGCUGACAAGGCCAUGGACUACUUCACCGUCGUGGGAACAAUGCCCUUCCUUGACCGCGUCUUUGACAAGAACCCCAUCUGCCACAUCGGACCCCCCGGUUUCAACACCAUCACGGGCAUCUCGAUCAAGCACCUGGUGGAUCGGUACCAAGGCAACGACAAGGACUACCAUGAUCCCGAGAAACCGGAUUUCUUGGACAAGUUCAUCGAGGCCAAGAAUGCGGAUCCCGAGAAUGUGAACGAUCCGCAGAUUGUGUCGUGGCUUAUGGUCAACAUGAUUGCUGGCGCUGACACGACUGCCAUUACUAUUCGCAGCUCGUUGUACUUUUCUCUCAAGAACCCCAGAGUUUGGGGUCGUCUCACGGAUGAGGUUCUGGCUGCAGGUUUCCACGGCCGAACACCGCCCAGCUACAAGGAGGUCAAGGCUCUACCAUACGUUGACGCUGUCAUCCGUGAGGCCCUCCGUAUGCUCCCCGGUGUCUCCAUGACCAUGGAGCGCUACGUGCCUCGUGAGGGCUUCGUCCUUCCCAACGGUGACUAUCUCCCCGAAGGCACCAUCGUAGGCAUGAACCCCUACAUUCUCGCCCGAAACAAGUCCGUCUACGGCGAAGACGCCGACACCUUCCGUCCCGAGCGCUGGCUGUGCGAUGAGGCAAACGGCGAAACUGAGGAGCAGUUCCAAAAGAGGCUCCUCCUGAUGAACCAGACCGAUCUCUCAUUUGGAGGUGGCAGCCGCAUCUGCAUCGGCAAGAACAUGGGUCUUUUCCAGACGUACAAGGUCCUCGCUACGCUCAUCACAUUAUUCGAGAUUGAGCUGGCAGAUCCGAAGAAGGAGUGGAAGGUGAUUAAUAGUUGGUUCCCCAGACAGGAGGGACUGGAGGUGAAGCUCAAGAAGCGGGUGCUUUAG